GUUAUGUUUAUAACAAAUCCACUAGAUUCCGCAUUGGCCAAAGCGGUGGUAGCCCCAAUGAAUGGGCCUACCACCAUAGAGGUUCAUCUUGCCGAGUCGAGCUAUCUGCCGGUCGGCGAAAAACCUCGUAAACCGACGCACUGUGUGCUGACGCCGAAAUUCGCGCACGAAGCAGAACGCAUCCACAAACUCACCGUGUACGAGGAUGACGUUUGGAUACUUAGCUUCCCGAAGUGCGGUACCACCUGGACGCAGGAGAUGGUGUGGUUGGUGAGCCACGAUCUCGAUUAUAAAACGGCCUCCGAAGUGAACCUUCUCGAUCGUUCCAUCUUUCUUGAGUUUUCCACAAUCGUUAUCAAUUUCCCGGGCGACACAAUCGAUGAGGUGGAUAAGGCAAGCCGACCGCGACACAUUCAGUGCCACUUGCCAAUGGCACUGCUUCCCAAGCAAAUAUGGACUGUGCGUCCAAAGCUUAUCUAUUGUGCACGCAAUCCCUACGACGCCACGGUGAGCUACUUCCACCAUCAUCGACACCUCCACGGAUACCAGGGCAGCAUGCAAGACUUCCUCGAAGGAAUGCUAAGCGAGCAGGUGCUGUUCAAUCCGCAGAUACCCCACACCCUGGACUAUUGGAACAUUCGACGCGAGAUGAAUAUACUUUUCAUUCACUUUGAAGAUAUGAAAACGAACAUGCCCGAAGUCCUCCGUAGAGUUUGCACGUACUUCAGCAAAUCCUACACCGAUCAGCAGCUUGAAGAGCUAGAAAACCAUCUAUCUUUUGAGGUCAUGAGAAACAAUAAAUCCGCCAACAACUCCUGUGUUCUGGAGCUGGUAGAAUCUCUAACCGGGAAGAAGGUCGAAGACUUCCAGUUCAUGCGAAAAGGACAAGUAGGAGCGCACCGGGAAGAGCUGCCAGCAGAAUUCAUCGCAAAACUAAACGAGUACACAGAGAAAUACCUUCGUGAAAGUGACUUUCGCUUCAAAGCGUAACAAUUCAUCGGAUUCACAUU